AUGAAUAAAAAAUAUUUAUUAUUAUUACUAUUUACGGUGGUACUUAAUAAUAUCUCAUCAAAUUCUAACAUUGUAGUAUUUGCAGAGUAUGAUAUCGAUAAAACAGAGGCAAACUCUUUAAAUUGGUUGAUUCAACAAUAUGGUAUGAGCUUGUAUAUGAAAGGAUAUACCUGUAGUUCAUACAAUAUUGAUCAGUAUCAAUCAAAUUAUAUUGAGUGUGUUGAUGAUCCAUCAAAAAAUGUUUCACAUAUUACUACAAUAUAUUAUUCUGAUAUGCCAUUUAAUGAUACUGGCAGUCCGCCUUUCAUUGAUGCACUUUCAUUUGGUUAUUUAAAAACUCUUGUGCUAUCGCCCAACCAAGAUGUUAAGGAUAUUUCAUACAACAUUCUUAGAUUAUUAGAUCAACCCGAAAACAUUAAUAUUACAAAUUUACAGUUGAUAAAUCAAAAAAUUGAUGUUUAUGAACCUUUUCCUAGAUACCUUUAUCAAAAUUUACAGUUGAAGAUCAUGGGAACUACCUCAUCAGGUUUUCCUCAACCAAUUAUGAUUAAUGAUGGUGGCUUUCCAAAAUUAACUCAAUUGACAAUCACUAUAAAUCACUCUUUGACAUUAAAUCAUUCAACAAUUACUAAUUUGAGCCUAGUUACAUCUGAUUUGUGUUUAAUCAGUGCAAAUAGUCUAAGAAUCGCAGAGAUAAGUCAAUGCAAUUUUUCAAAUCCUUUAGAUUUCUCUGGUACAGAAAAUUUAGUGUUAGAAAUCAAAGAUAGUAUUAAUCUUAACCUCACCAAUAUGAACUAUACUCAGAGAUUAUUAAUUGAGAAUACACCUUUUGAAAGUUUCCCUCCAGAAUCUUGGUUCGCACCGGGAUUUGAAUUAAUAUUAAGCGAAACAGGAGUAACUGGAGUAUUACCUCAUUAUAUCAAAAACAUUCCUUAUACUUUUUAUGUUACCGAUUCCAAUACCUCUUUGGUUACUGCUCAACUUUACGACACUUAUUGCCUUACUGAUUUGAAUAUAAGAGUUGCUACACUAACAUCAAACUAUGUCCCUGACUGUUUUUACUGCUAUUGGGAUAGAAUGGAAACCUUUUUACCAACGAAUACUCAACCUCCUCCUGAUAACUUUAAAUGCAAUGUUUCGUUAGAUAGCCAAGUAUUUUAUACUGAUAGUAUCUAUAACUUUUAUAUUUCAGGAAAAAAUCUUGGUUAUGGUGAUGGAGGUAUGUCAUCAGAUCUUUCUUUAAUUUACUCCAAUACAUUGUUUAGAUAUUUUGUGAGUUCUCUAUCAGGAAAACAAAAAAUUGUUUUCUCAAGAAAAUACAAUGUUAGUUCAGAUGUUAUAUGGGGCCAACAACCACGGACUGACAUUUCGCUUGCAUUCUAUAAUUUUGAAACUAAAGAUACCAGAAUAUGUACUCGUGGUCAUUUUAACGAAUAUAGUCCAUUCAUUCUUUCUGGUGAUAAUCGUCCGUGUGAAAGAAUAACUGUUUCGAGUAAUUGGUUAAAUUGCACCAUUUAUGGAUAUAACCCACAAAACACAGUUUCAAUGAAUGUUUCGGAUACAGUUCAAAGUUUAGGAUUCUAUUCAUAUCGAGAUUUAGUCAUUAAAUCAGUGUCAAACAUAACAUAUGAAGGUGGUGAUAUCACAAUCAAAGCAAACUUUGGAAAGUAUAAUUUCAAAACUCAGGCUUGGGUGAAUAAUACUCAAUGUGAAGAAAUACUGGUUACCGACGAUAUGUUAAUUUGUAAUAUAAAACUCUCAUUGGAAAACCAACCAACUGUUUUAGAUCUAAUGGUAUACUCAAAUUCUUAUACUGUUUAUACAAAGUUAAAUGUUGUCGAGUUUUUAAAUGAUUGUGGAGAGGAUUCUUUAUGUAAUGGGAAUGGUCAAUGUUUAUUUGGUAGAUGUCAAUGCACAAAUGAAUAUUAUGGUAACUACUGUGAUUACAAGAUUGAAACAAAUAUAAAUUUUGUUCCAAAUGAUACAUCGCCUUCCCCAGCCAUAUUGAACAAUGGCGUGUCAUUUUCUUUUAAUAUUCAUAGUAUUCAAGAAAUUGACCCAUUGGGUAAUUUAAUUCAAGAGAUUCCAACAGACAAAUGGGACAGUAAGGUUUCAGAGAAUACCAUUACCAGUGUGACUACAUAUACCUAUACAAUUACCAACUCUACCACAAAUAUUAUAGCAAGCAUAGAAUACUCUACUGUUGGAAGAACUGUUGUAUUUGCCAAUCAGUCAAACUACUACUCUCCAUACAAUUUAAAGCUAUCCAUUGAAAUCGAUGAUUGGCAAUACUCUAGUCUCUUAAACAAUCUAGUAAUCAAUGUAUUGACAAAGUACGACAACAGUGAGGCCACAGAGAAAUGUAGUGGAGCUAUCUCUUCAGGAAAAGAUCCAAAUAACUUGAAUAGUAUUAAUUAUAUUGGCGUCAACCUUGGUGGUACAACAUUCUAUGGCAGAUUCUUACCACUUGGUAUAUUUGAUGGUAGAGUCAUUCAAAUAUCAAAUGAAUUGAAACCAUCUGAAUCCCCAGAGUUUACAACCGUAGCCAUUAAGAUUCCACAUUGCAAGAGUUGCAAGAUAGAUCCUGAUUUCACAAUGCUACUUAAUCCAUCAGGUGAAUGCAAUAAUCCAGAACACAAGAGUAAAUCGUGGAUGAUUGCUGCAGUAGUAGCAGUCACUGGAUCAAUAUUUAUCGCUUUUGUAGUUGGAACCAUUAUAUAUAUUAUCAAAAAGAAAAAGAAGAAUAGAGAUCACAAAAGAAGAACUGGUAAACUUAAACAAUAUUAUGACAAUCAACUUUAA